UGUAAGUGACUCGAACUUAUCGUCUCAUUUCCAUCUUCCUAAUAUAUUAUGCAUUCGGAAUUUUGAAUGUGUUGCGAUAAAAUAUUCUUGACCGAAUAAUCGUCUUGGAUACAUUUGAGACAUAAAGUUUUUUUUAACAAAUCAAAUAGAUCAUUUGAAAGUAAAGCACUAUUUCGUGUACAUCGACUGAUCAAAGAUCGAAUUGUGUAAAACGAAAAGAAAAAUACAAAGCAAGAAUGCAGACAAGACGAUGGAAUAAACGUCACUUAUCCACAUUGGGUAUUGGACUAUUAUUAUUUUAUAUGAUUUUUUCGGCAAGCCGUAACACAUACAAAUCCGAUAUCAUCAUCCCGAAUACAAAGUCAGAAUUGGUUUGGGAAUAUGUGGCCGAUUUUCAUAAAAUGCAUCAACUAAAUCCAACAAUAUUAAAUUUCAUAGUCACAAAAGAAGAAGGACACUUUAACCAUUGGAAAUAUUCCAUCGAAUAUACAGAACGUCUUUCACAUUGGCCGUAUUGGAUCAAUGUGGCCGAAGCUGAUUUUGUAGUGAAAAAAUUGCUUCAAGACGAACGUGGUCAAUACUCAGUGACAUCCGAUCAUCGGACUUGCUUUCUCGGUGGCUUAUAUUGCCUGUAUUCAACCGGUGAAUUUCUGUUUGUGACAAGGGGAUCAGAUACCUACGUUGUCGAAACCGUGAACUAUCAAUGUCCUCCAUUCUUUGGACCCGUUUGUAGGCGCGAAGUUGAAUUCCAACGCAAAGCAAUUAUGCAGAAUUUAUCUGUUCAUUUCAACAAACUGAAUAAAAACUUAUAAAAGAAAUAAAAAUACCAUAUCGUGUUGGUUUUAUAUUAAAAGAAAAGAAAGUCAUAAAUAAAUGUUCGAUCUACUUUUCAUCUUGUA